AUGCAAGCCAGCGAUCGCCCACGCAGUCUUCUGUCGCGUCUUGCGUCUGCCCGGCCCUUUGCCUCGAAAGGCCGCAACAUUACGGAUUUCCACAUCACCGUCGAGGACCCCCACAAGCAGUAUAGCCAGGGAGACGUCGUGUCCGGAAGCCUGCACCUCAGAGUCCUCAAACCCACGCGUGUCACGCACAUUGUUGUGUGUCUGCACGGCUUCGCGCAGGUCUACAAAAACCCGGGGUCGCCCCCAACAGACUCGUAUCGUGCGAACAACUCGCGCAUCGGAUCUGGAAGAGGCAGCAGGGCCGGCGAGUACUUUGGCAACGGAUUCGCUUCCCUGUUCGAAGRUGAGGUCGUGCUCUGCGGAGACGGCAGGCUUGGCGAAGGCGCAUACCAGUUCAACUUCAAUGUUGAGUUUCCCGAACGAGAUCUGCCAAGCAGCAUAUCCUUUGAACGCGGAACGGUUUCCUACAUGAUUACAGCCACGAUCACGCGACCCACAACCCUGAUGCCGACCAUGCAUUGCGAUCACAAGGUCUACUUGCUGGAGCGCAUUGACAUUUCACAGCUAUUCCCGCCUCGAGAGAGGACCAUCACGUUGGAACCGAUAUCACGCCGCCACCGAGCCAAGUCUCAGGCGAAGAAGCUCACAGACAGCGAUCGAAAGAGCGUCAAGGGUGAUUCAAGUCAGCAAACGACCGACCGCGCACAAUCCGACAGCAUAACGACGACUUCUUCGCCCAGUCUGCGCGCCAUCGUCGAAGUGCCGCAAAGCCCGGCACCCAGUGACCUCAGUCUCGAAGGCAGUCGAGUGUCUAAUUAUCGUGGACGCCGUGCUCGUCUAGGAUCAGAAACUACUUCACGGCCAUCCCAGCUGGAUUCGAACGCGACCUCGCCCCGGGCUAGUGACUUGGAUAGCACCGUUGCUCCUCCCCCCACUCGGACCAUCACCGCCACCGUUGCAUCUCUCUCCGGAGGCUGUCUGAGGGGAGAUAGUUUGGCUGUCAAAGUGCAUGUGGACCACACGAAACAUGUCAAAAGCUUGCACGGCGUGAUUGUCACGCUCUAUCGUCAAGCGCGAGUUGACAUGCACCCCUCAAUACCCUUAGGCCCAAUCGAGAAGGGCAAAGAACGAAAAUACGAGGACUACUACCCCAAAUCAAUGUCUGGUCUGGGUGGUUUGUCUCUCUCUGGAGCAGGCUCUAAUCAUGUCUUUCGCAAGGACUUGUCGCAAACAAUUGUGCCGCUGAUAGUAGAUCCAGCUUCGCUGACGGCAGAUGUCACGGGAAAGAUCCAUGUACCGGAUGAAGCCUUUCCAACAAUUGCCACCGUUCCCGGUGCAAUGAUCAGUUUCCGAUAUUACAUUGAAGUCGUUCUUGACAUCCAAGGGAAGCUUUCUUCCCAAGAUCGCAACCUGGGCAAUCUUGGUGGCUUAGCUAGCACCAUGGCCCAGGGCCAGCCAGCCGACCCAGACCGACAAAGGCACGCUACGAACGGAUUUGGUGCUCCGAUGAUCGACACAGCUGCCGUCAGGCGCGACAAAGGUGUCGUUGCGUGCACUUUUGAAGUCGUUGUUGGGACUAGAGAUACAAGCCGAAAGGGGAAAAAGAAAGUCGAGAUGACUACCCAAGCCGGGCUAGAGCCCCGCGUUCCGCCAGAGGUAGAUGCUCAGGGAGGUGCCGCGACACAGUCUGAUAAUGACACGGCAUGGCAUGACWACGCGGCCGCGCAAGCUUACCAUCAACAACAAUAUUACAACGCAUAUCCGCAUGCGCCUGAGUAUGGCGUAUACAACGAGCACGACAGACACAGCGCACACAAUGAGUACAAUGGCCGGCAGGAAGCAUACUUUUCAGAAUGCGAAUACUCCGCAGCACCCCUGGUACCGAUGCCAUCAAUAGAGGACGAAUCACAGCUCCCAGAGAAGGAGCGAUUACGGAGAGCCGAAGCUCGUCUAUUACCAAGUCAGCCUCCAGGAUUCGAAGAGUCCGGCCCAAGCGCUGCUGUAAACGGCGCGACCGCACCAUUCAUCCCAGAAGAGCAGCAGAAUGGUUAUGAGCAAUCGAAUGGACAUCGCCAUCCACCUAUCUUGCUGACGCCACCUGCGCCCAUGUCAGGAGCUUAUGUCGACGCGCAUAACAUUCUCACACCUCAAACCCCGGACUACGGGCGGCGAGAUGCCUACUUGCCCAGCACACCAGCGUAUGAGGCUUCGCAAUUUUCUUUACCUCAAACCCCCACAUAUCGAGCUUCCCAGUUCCCCGUACCCAGCACACCGAUUUAUGAACCUACGGAUUCUGGGGCGCAGACCGCCACUGACGAUAAGAGGGAAAUCGAACGUCGUCAGCUGGAAAUGAAAGCUUCCGCUCCGCCUCAGCUUCAUGUGGAAGAGCCUGGGCCAGCGCCACCUCACGCAUUCGAGCCUUCAGCUCCCAUCCUCACCGCUGACGAGGAUUUCUUCGACACCGGAACUGCGAUCGUCAAUGAUAGCCACGCGGAUGCGUCCGCCCCUCAGGAGCUUCCACGGUAUGAAAGAUGA